AUGAAGUUGCCCAUCGCCCCUAGUCUUGCCCUGCGAUGGCCAAGAUCAAUCGUGCGCUUCUCAUCACCACAACCGCAGCUCGGUCUACGAUACUCUAGUCAAAGCUCAUCUCACCGUCCAGCUCCACUGGCAGGUAUCACUGUCGUCAGCCUGGAGCAAGCCAUAGCCGCACCUUUCUGUACUCGGCAAUUAGCAGAUCUCGGGGCUAGAGUCAUUAAAAUCGAGCGACCAGGCGUUGGAGACUUUGCCCGUCAAUAUGAUACACGCGUCGAUGGCCUAGCGUCUCAUUUUGUAUGGACUAAUCGGUCAAAAGAGAGUCUAGCGCUUGAUCUGAAGAAUGCAAAGGACCAUGAAGUACUUAUGAAACUUCUCGGGCGCGCCGACGUACUAGUCCAAAAUCUGGCGCCGGGCGCAUCAGCGCGGUUGGGAUUAUCUCAUGAUGCAUUGAAAGAAAAACAUCCUUCUCUCAUUGUAUGUGAUAUCUCAGGGUAUGGACAGGAUGGGCCCUAUCGAGACAAGAAGGCAUAUGAUCUUUUGAUUCAAAGUGAAGCCGGUAUGCUCUCUGUCACUGGAACCGGGAAAGAACCAGCCAAAGUUGGAAUAUCUAUUGCCGAUAUCUCUGCUGGAAUGUAUGCGUAUACAAAUAUUUUAUCUGCACUUCUUCAACGCGGCAAAGAUGGCCAGGGCUGCCGUAUUGAUAUCUCGAUGCUGGAGAGUAUGGUUGAGUGGAUGGGUUUUCCAAUGUACUAUACAUUUAAUGACGCCCCUGGUCCGGUACCAGCUGGUGCUUCACACGCCGCCAUUUAUCCAUAUGGACCCUUUGAAGCUGGAGAUGGACAGUCAGUCAUGUUGGGAAUUCAAAAUGAAAGAGAAUGGGUUAACUUCUGUGAGAGUGUCCUCUCUCAGCCUGAGUUGGCUACGGACAGCCGAUUUUCUAGCAAUUCACUGAGAACGCAAAACCGAGAUGCACUAAAAGAGAUUAUUUGUGGCGUUUUCGCAAAUUUGACUGCAAAGGAGACUAUUGCACGACUUGAUAGCGCAUCGAUUGCCAAUGCAAGCGUCAAUGAUAUGCAGGGAGUUUGGAAGCAUGCUCAGCUCAAAGCCCGUGACCGGUGGACGGAAGUAAAGACCCCUGCCGGCGAUGUGAAAGCCCUUCUUCCACCUGGAUCCACGAAAUCAAGUGAUAAAGGUGGAUAUGGUGCUCAGAUGGGCUCGGUUCCUAAAGUCGGAGAGCAUAAUAAGGCGAUUUUGGCUGAGUUGGGGAUUUUGGGAUAG